UUAGGCCUAUGCACUUGCUUCUAACUUGUUUCUCUCUCUUUCUCUCUCUCAAUCAAGAUGCAAAUAAGCACAAACAAACAUUCAAGCCACAAGUCCAACCCCACCAACUCUCUUCUUAUCAAAGUGUUCACUGUGUUUUUUUCCUGCUUCUACAGUGGAGCAUGUGUAUUUCUGUGCUUUUUGGUUUCAUCUCAUCUUCGAUUUUUGUCUCAGACACAACAAUGAAACCUCUUCUUUCACAACUCUCAUGUCUCCAAGUCUUAUUAUAGCCUUAUUUUUAAUUCUCUUAUGGCUGUUGUACAAUUUUUGCUUCUAGUUCCACCAAAUUCUGUUCCAAUUUUUGUUGUUGUUCUUGGAUUGGUGGUGAAGGGUAAGAGAAUUCAUGAUUGAUCUACAAUUUCACUUGGAAGGAAAUGGGGUUGAAGCUGAUUCUGCUGCUGAUUAAGCUACAUUUAGUGCUCAGCACUCAACAGCUUCAUGAAUAUGAAGUCACCAAUCCACACGAUUCAAGAGCAAGUAAUCAGUCUAGUAUUGCAAUCCCACCAUUGAAAUCAACUUCUCAAGUUUCCAAAAGCACUGCACAUGCACCUUCAAAAUCAUCUUCCAAUGUUCCUGUAAGUAUUGCAAUGCCACCUUCUAAGCCAAUUCAAAGAACUCAUGCAAGGAAAUGGACACAUAGUUCUAUGGAUUCUCCAAUAUCACAUCAUAAGCAUCACUAUUCGAGGAAAAGGUCCGGCAACCCGACCCCUGCGCCGGCCUAUCCAAUCCAUCCUCCUGCUUACAGCUAUCAAGGUCCUUCAGUCUCCAAGUUGCAACCUCCAUUCUCUUCACCAAAGAACAAGGAUUUUCGUGCACCUGCACCUUCACUGGCACCAUCACCAGCGAUUAUGUCAAGCCACCUCAACGUACCCUCUCAUUCACCUAGAAUUGCACCUCUGAGUUCAUCAUUGAAGAAGACUAAGGCUCAGCCACCAGCUGCAUAUUCUUUUGUUCUGCCACCUCCACCUCCUAAUAAAGAUUGUUUGUCCAUGACUUGCUCUGAUCCCUUGACAUACACGCCACCCAGUUCGCCUUGUGGUUGUGUAUUGCCCCUUCAAGUAAAACUCCAAAUUGGCAUUGCAAUAUCCAAGUUUUUUCCUUUGGUUUCAAAGCUUGCUGAGGAAGUUGCAGCCGGUCUUUCGCUGAAUCGCAGCCAAGUUCGCAUUGUAGGAGCUGAUGCUGCUAAUCUACAACUAGAGAAAACCAAUGUUCUCAUAAACUUGGUACCAACAGGAGUAAAAUUCAAUGACACCACUGCUUUUUCCAUAUAUCAGAAACUCUGGCACAAGAAGGUUCUUAGGCAUGCUUCAAUAUUUGGUGCUUAUGAAGUUCUCUAUGUCCAAUACCCAGGUCUUCCACCAUCGCCACCUUCCGCGUCCAAUGGUAUAGACAAUGGGCCAUAUAUCAGUGGUGAUAACAAUGGAACAAUAAUGAAACCUUUAGGAGUAGAUGUCUCAAGGAAGACAAAAGGAGAGAAUAAUAAUGGGAGAAUGAUUGUUGUAAUUGUCUUGUCAUCAGUUACUGCUUUUGUUAUAUUCAUUGGACUUGCUUGGCUUUGUUUGUUGAAGUACAGAUCCUGUGUCAUCAAACCGGAACAAGGUCCAGAUGUUUUGAUUUCACCCUCUUCAAAACUAUCUGGUACUCCUACAGAAUUAGCUCAUGGGAAAAUGCAAAGUUCAGGAUCAAUGUCCUUCAAUUCAGGGUCAAUAACAUACACAGGAGCUGCUAAGAUAUUUUCAUUGAAUGAGUUAGAAAAAGCAACAAAUAACUUUGAUUCUUCAAGAAUAUUAGGAGAAGGUGGCUUUGGUCUUGUAUACAAGGGAAUUCUAAAUGAUGGGAGGGAUGUAGCAGUGAAGAUCCUUAAAAGAGACGAUCAGCGUGGUGGUCGCGAGUUCUUGGCAGAAGUUGAGAUGCUUAGCCGGCUGCACCAUAGAAAUUUAGUUACAUUGUUAGGUAUCUGCAUAGAGAGAAAGACCCGGUGCCUAGUCUAUGAACUAGUCCCUAAUGGAAGUGUGGAAUCUCACCUUCAUGGUGCUGACAAGGAAACUAGUCCACUAGAUUGGAAUUCCAGAAUGAAGAUUGCGCUUGGUGCAGCUAGGGGAUUGGCUUAUCUUCAUGAGGAUUCAAAUCCAUGUGUCAUACACAGGGAUUUCAAGUCCAGCAACAUCUUGUUAGAAGAUGACUUUACACCAAAAGUUUCGGAUUUUGGAUUGGCUAGAACGGCAUUGGAGGAGGGAAACAAGCAUAUCUCCACACAUGUUAUGGGAACAUUUGGAUACUUGGCUCCUGAAUAUGCAAUGACUGGCCAUCUUCUUGUAAAGAGUGAUGUUUACAGCUAUGGAGUAGUACUACUUGAGCUCUUAACAGGAAGAAAGCCUGUGGAUUUUUCACAACCACCAGGCCAAGAAAACCUUGUUACCUGGGCUCGUCCGCUUCUAACAAAUAAGGAGGGCUUAGAGAUGAUCAUAGAUCCUGUUGUAAAGCCUAGCAUUCCUGCUGACACAAUGUUAAAAGUCACAGCGAUUGCAUCCAUGUGUGUGCAGCCAGAAGUGUCUCAAAGACCAUUCAUGGGGGAAGUAGUUCAAGCCUUGAAGCUAGUAUGCAAUGAAUUUGAGGAAACAAGUGAUGUCAGAUCAAGGAGUUUUCAAGAAGGAAGUCUCCUAACUGACAUGGAAGUGAAAUUGUCCGGUGUUUCGGACGAGGGGGAAGACUUUUCCGGGUAUCAUACGCCGGUGUAUGGCUACCAAUCCGGCGAGGAAAAGGUAGCAUUAUCAGCAACAGAUUUGCUCAGUACUUCAGGCCAAGAAUUUGAAUCUUUCAGGAGGCAUUCUUCUUCAGGGCCUUUGACUAGUGGAAGGAAAAUAAAGUUCUGGCAAAAGUUGAGAAGCAUGUCCAGAGGAAGCACCAGUGAGCAUGGAUUUUCAACUAAACUAUGGCCUGGAUCCCAUUAAAACUUUUUCAAUCUUGACUACAUUAUUCUGAGUACAGAUUCUGAUGAGAGUGGACAUGUAUUUAUUACUUUGUUGAAAAAAAUGGCAAUUUUUGCCAGAAAGACUUGCAUGUUCUUUUAGCACGUUUAAUGUGUGCUUUGAGAAUAUUUAUAGUCACUCAUUUUAAUUUAUGAUGUUUGUAAAUUUUGUAAAAAAAAAAUGAAGGAUGAGUGAUUGUAAAGCAGCCAUAUUUUCAGAAAGAGCUGUUUUAAGAAUUUAUGGA